AUGAUGGCCGUCAGGUCGCCGCUGUCCGUCUUGCCGUAUUGCGAUACCUCCAGUCCCUUUGUGCGGCCUGAGUCUAUGUCCCUAGAGGGUCCUUCCAUCUCGGGGGAUGCGAGGAAUUCGACCUACUCGGCCCCCAACCCAGCUUCGACGAGCACGACGGACACUGCAUUGGUAACCUCCAAUUACCCUCAAUCGGCAGGGACGGAGGAGGCCGAGGGCGAUAAGAGAGAUGAGGCGGAGGGAGUUGGGCCAGCGACGCUGGUGCAAGGACCAGGAACGGGGAUGUCAACUCCGCUAGGACUGACCAUCCAAACCUCGCAGAUGCAUCACAAUGGCUCCGUCGCAAAGUCUGAUGAGGAUGAACCGCCUCAGUCGGUGAUCCAUGCCCCGCCAGGGUUUGGCGAGUUUGUCAGGCUUCCUCCCUUAGAGCAUUGCCUCCGACCAAGAGCACGGCUGAUGAUCCUCCAGGUCAGAAUGCAGCCGACAUCUGAGGAGCCAUGUGAAGAUGAGGAGUCAUCAACCUCGGCUGGAUCAGAGCAUAUCCAGUCGAUAGAGAUGGAAAUCUCGGAGACAUCAAAGAAGAUCGGCGCUAGUCCUAUAUCGCCGCCUCCCUUGACUACGAGUGUUUCGCCAGCGAAAGAUUGGUCGGAUCGAGCAACUCCUCGGGCACAAACACGACAAGAGUUUGAGGAAUCCGAACGACGCACGCGUUCGAGCAGUUUAGAAGGUACUCGCGAAAUCGGAGCUCUGUUCAUCAUUCUCCAUCCCUCCCACCCCGGCCCUCUUCCCGGGUCCACCGUCGCUAAUCGCUGUACCUUUUUUCCAGAUAUACCUGAAGGUAGUGAAUUUAAAACAUACAUGGAGAUGUUUCCGGGCAUGGGAACUAACUUCCCGCCAGGUUAUUUCGGCAGUAAAGAAGCAGAGCUCAAAGCUCUCCGAGCAGCGCUCACCGAAUGCUGGACCCUAUGCAAUACAUUGGCUAGUCUAAGCUAUAUUAAUCGUGAACGGCUGCUGCGGUCCCACGACGACGGCAUGCAGGAGGAUGCCUGGCGAUCCUGCUGGCGACUAUGCCAAAAGUUAUACGACACUCGUGAUGACGACUAUGCAUCGCAAGUCCACCCCACUCUCGACUUGUGCCGGGACUUCUGCCAGGCAUUGUUCGAGGUCCGCGUUUGUGACAGCGACCUGACCGACUCAGUGUUGCGAGUGAGUUUUGAACUAAAUAAUCAUCUUUAUAACACGCACGACCGCAACCUCCCCGACGCGUUCCGCGAGCGGACCUUGGAUUUCUACAUCACACUCUGUCACCGGCUCAUGAAACAGCGCACCCGUCUGACGGAAACGGACUCUCUCCUCAGUGCCUGCUGGGCGCUGGUGGAGAUGCUCUUUAGUAUUCGCCAGAGUAAAAGAGAAGGGAAGGAGUUAGACGAGGAGCUGCUGGGUUCGGCGGUGCAGGCCUGUUGGGAACUCUGCGAUAUCUUCCGUGAGGGCUGGACUCUGAACAGCAUGCGCACUUCGGAUCGAGGAACCCCCCGACCCAGCCAGGCCACCUUUGCCCCGGGAUUUCAGCAAGCUUCGCUGCAGUCGGAGCUGGAAUUCGUUGAUGAUUCGUUGAGUCAAGCCCCAAAUCCGGAGACGCCCACCACCAUCUUCGAGGACACCGCCACCGCCUCACCAGAUGAAGCCCCGGUCCCCAACAUCCUCGUCCUAGGUCACAGCACUGGCCAUGCAACUCCCCAUUCCAAAUGGCCUUCCAAUGCAUCGGGCAUCUCCGAGAAGUCUCGGUCGUCGGGACAGACCGCAUCCUCCGCCAACACCGUCACCACGACCUCGGAGGAUCCCAAUUUCACCCGGCUGAAGGUCCUCAUCACCAAGGCCGCCAUCAACAGUGGCUAUCAACGAGGCGGCACGCAAAACCUGGCUGCAUUCGUGAAAUCACUCCCUUCGGAUGCCUUUGGCUCGGCACCAUGGCAGUCAUCCCUGCUGAAGAACUAUCGAAAGCUGGUCACGUUUGAUCCUGUCUUCCGCAAUGUUGGGCCCCAGGCCCGCGUCGGCGCCAUCGAGGUGGCACGCGCAUGCCAGGCAAUGGUUCAAAAUGGCCAGUACGCCUGGCUGCGUGACCUGUAUCGUCUUGUCUUUGGAUUCCACCUGGAGGAAGCGAUGGGCCGGAAAGGCGUGACUAUCCAAACAUAG